CUGUAAAAAUGGCUCUGCAAGGUUUAAAAGUAAUAGAGUUCGUGGGACUUGCACCGGGACCGUUUUGCGGUAUGCUGCUUGCAGAUUUCGGGGCCACGGUCACCCGCAUCGAUAUGACUCCCAGGAACUCGCUGGACAUGCUGCAGGGAGGAAAACGGUCGCUGGCUUUGAAUUUGAAGAAACCGAAAGCAAUAGAAGUGGUACGUUCGCUGUGUUCGCGUUCGGACGUGAUGAUAGAACCGUUUCGGCCGGGUGUUAUGGAAAAACUAGGUCUAUCCCCGGCAACGCUCCUGCAGGACAAUCCACGACUUGUCUACGCACGCCUGACCGGUUUUGGGCAAACGGGCUCCCACGCCGCCCGUGCCGGACACGACAUUAAUUACGUUGCACUUUCUGGAGUUCUCUCGCUACUGGGUCGCAAGGCAAGCAAACCGUACGCACCGAUUAAUUUGGUGGCCGACUUUGCAGGCGGUGGGCUAAUGUGCGCUUUCGGUAUACUAGCGGCAUUAGUUGAGCGGCACCGGUCGGGAAAGGGCCAAAUUGUCGAUAAUGCGAUGGUCGAAGGAGCGGCCUACGUCGGAAGUUGGUUGUUCCGCUCGCAGAGUCUCCCACUGUGGGGAAAGGCACGGGGAGAGAAUAUGCUCGAUGGCGGAACACACUUUUACGAUACGUACGAAACGAAAGAUGGUAAAUUUCUUUCCGUUGGCGCGAUAGAGCAUCGAUUCUACCAACAGUUGCUGGAAGGGCUUGGCUUAGAUCCCGACUUGUCGCAGUUUGGGCACGAAGAGGAACGCAGAAAACAGUUUGAGGACAUUUUUCGCACCAAAACGCGAGACGAAUGGAUGGCGAUAUUUGAGACGAAGGACGCCUGUGUUUUUCCCGUGCUCGAGUUGGACGAAGUUGCAUCGUAUGCGCACAACCGCGAUCGGCAAGUGUUCCUGGAUCCCCUGAAAACCACGGAUGAUACGACAGUACCAACACCGGCACCAAAGCUGAGUCGCACGCCGGCUACUUCAGGCGCUCUGUCCAAGAAGCGUGAUGACUUAGAAAUGACUGUUGAAAUUCUGGGCGAAGUAGGCAUUGAUUUUCCUCAAAUUGUUCGCCUGCACGAAGAAGGCGUCGUUUUGCUAUCCACUGCCCCAAAGCUAUAAAGACUCAUUUUUAACUGAUGUUAACUAGUUGUAAGUUUGAACUAUUCUAAUAAAACCGAUGGUGAA